AUGGAGGUACCCGGAAAGAAGCGUGACCCUGGCCUUGACAAGGGUUCCGCUGACUCCACUGUCUACUGCCAGCCGUGUGGAGAGGGCGGUAAACGCGCUGUAGCCCAGGGCUUCUGUCAGACGUGCGAAGAGUACAUCUGUGCUCCCUGUUUCGGGUACCAUAAGCGAUUGAAGAUGUCCAGGAACCACAUUCUGCUGUCUAAAGACAAGAUGCCCUCUUUCUUUCCGACCACCAAGCAGUCAGCUAUCGCAGACACGGAGUAUUGUAAAGACCAUCCGAAGGAGAUGAUUAAAUUUUAUUGCCCGACCCACGGAUACCUUGGCUGUGGUGAUUGUGCCGUUCUCGACCAUCGCAGCUGUAAAGUUGACUACAUCGCUGAUGUGGCUAAAGAAUUUGUCAUUGGAAAUGAAUUCAGAGAGCUGGAACCAUCGAUUAAACGAGCUGAAGAUAUUUUAUCCGGGUUCAUUAGUAACGUCAAAGAGCUUUUUGGUGAUGUCAAAAACCAGUCUAAGGUUGAGAUAGAUAAACUGAGGAAGUUCCGUGCAGAAAUAAACACAUACCUGGACCGGCGCGAGAAGGAGUUGCUCGACAACAUCGAGAAAGUCAAGACCGAGGAUGAGAACGCGCUGACUGCACUAAAGACCGAUUGUGAGUUGAUGAAAACCGGACUUGAGGCCAUUAGGACGGAACUGACUUCCGGUGACGUCUCGAUGAACCAGCAGUACGUGGCAGCAAGGCGAGGCCGAAAGGAGCUACGGGGGAUUCAUGACGAGAUGAAGAAGACAGCUGGUAGAAUGAAGGCUCGGAGGUACCGGUUUACUAAGGACGCGGACACGGAGCGGUUGCUGGGAACAUAUAUGGGCCUUGGAACACUGGACGUUCUGGGAGAGUUUCAAAAGAAUAUUCCAGUUCCUGACCUCUCUACUGUCACAUGGAAGAAUGAAGCAGACAUCAACGUCAGAACGCCAGAGGACCAGAAACCCUGCUUUAUUUCCGGCCUCGCCCUUCUCUCUCCUGGUCUCUUCAUCCUGACUGACUUUUCUAACAACUGUGCCAAACUGGUGGACGUCACCACCCGCAACAUCACCUCCCGCAUCGAAAUACCAGACUGGCCCUGGGACGUGUGUGCGCUUCCUGAUAACCAGGCCGCAGUCACUCUCCCGGCUUCCACACUACCGACCCUGUACGUGUCUGACUCCACUACACACACAGUCCUCCAGCUGUCUCUAGACGGGAAGGCCCUACGAGAGUACAGUGACAAGAAGCUCGAAGGUCCAAAGUCCGUGGUGGAGGUAUGUCCGGGUCAGCUGAUCGUGUGUGGGAAAGGCAGUGAUAACGUCAUGCUUAUGACGGAGAAGGACGGUAAGAUGGCGGAAAUACUAGGACGUAAGGACGGACUGUCCUGUCCCUUCUCUGCGUCCUUCUGUCCCCACACACGUACAAUAGUUGUCGGGAUGUACGGGAAUUACUCAUUAAAGGUGUUUAGUGCAAACUGUUAG